GAGACGACGAUGCUCACCAACUCUGCCAUUGACACGAUCCAGUGCACACGGUCGAAUACGACUUGUUGUCCGCCAGCCUUAGCGUAACAUCACGGAGCGCAACCAUGCCGCGACGAUGGAAACCAGGAAGAUUCCGUCGCGUAGAGACGGGAGGGUGAUCAUUCAUUUCGACUACGACUGCUUCUACGCAGCCGUAUUUGAAGCAAAGAACCCAAGUCUGAAGAGUCUACCCUUUGCUGUCCAGCAGAAGCACAUCAUUGUGACCUGCAACUACGAAGCCAGACGACGGGGGCUGUACAAGUUACAGCUCAUUCGAGAUGCACGGAGAAUGUGUCCAGACGUUAUCAUCGAACUUGGUGAGGAUAUCAGCAAGUUUCGAGAUGCGAGCAAGGAGCUCUAUACCUUUUUGAAGGCAUACUCUUGGAACGGCAAGGUGGAGCGGUUAGGGUUCGAUGAGGUGUGGCUUGAUGUCACGGACAUGGUUGACUACAAUAUGCAAACCUUGAAUCGCAACCAUCUCGGCCAGUCGUUCUUCCAAACCUCCCACGAUGAUCCAAUGGAUGGGUUCUCUUUUGAUGCUUCUAAUCUCGCCAGUCACGCAUACCCAGCCAACUACGCCCACAACCAGGACGCAUCUCUUGACGAUCUGACACUUCGACUGCGACUAGGGAGCCAUCUGGCGCUCCACAUGCGCCACCAGCUGGAGCAGCAGAAAGGCUACACUUCCACUGUCGGCAUUGCAACAUCCAAGCUCCUGUCGAAGCUCGUCGGCAACCUGAACAAGCCAAAGGGCCAAACAACACUGAUGCCGCCACUGGAGACGACUGCUCAGACGUUCAUGGACGGCCACGACAUCGGCAAGGUGCCCGGUAUAGGCUUCAAACUUGCCCAGAAACUCCGCGAGUUUGUACUUCAACGUCCAGCAGACUUCGACUCCGGCUUGGUGUACGGCGGCACGAAAGAGAACGUGACCGUUGCCGCUGUCCGCAACCACCCUGCCAUCAACCCGGAGACGCUGGAGAAAUUGCUCGGUGGGCCAGGCUCACCGCACGGCAUCGGCUUCAAAAUCUGGUGUCUCCUGCACGGCGUCGAUGAUAUGGAAGUCAACCAAGCCAAAGUCGUGCCCAGCCAGAUCAGCAUUGAAGACAGCUAUAUCCGGCUUGAUACCAUGCCAGAGCUGCUGAGGGAGCUGACUGCGUUGGGGAGGAGCCUCAUUACCCGCAUGCGGAUCGACUUGCUUGGUGAAGACGAUUAUGAUGAUGUCGGAGACGAUGGUCUUGGCAGUACCGACCGAGUGUCGAUGCCACUUGCCAACAAGAAGUGGCUCGCUCACCCCAAGACCCUUCGCUUGACGACCCGACCUCGUCAGCCGCUCCAGCAAGAUGGCACACGUGCGCGGUCUUUCAAGCGUAUCUCGCACUCUGCCCCACUGCCCACCUUCAUAUUCGGUCUGUCAGAAAGCAUCGAGUCGCUGGCGGACCGGCUGGUUAAAGAAGCUCUUCUUGGCAUGUUCCGCAGGUUGCACCCGGAGAAGUCAGGCUGGAACCUGAGCCUGGUCAACCUGGCUGUCACAAAUAUGGCAGAGACGGCGGGGGACAGCAAGACGGCCAAUGGAAGGGACAUUGGCAAUAUGUUCAAGCGGCAGGAUGAUGUGCUCAAAGACUUCAGGAUUGUCAACGACGAGCCCCUAAUGGUCGACGCGGUGGAAGGCUCUGAUGAAAUGACGAGUGAGUGGGACGAUGGUGAUGAUGAGCAUGAUUCGUUGGAGCUAUGCAGAGAAUGCGGUGCUCGUCUGCCUGGCUUUGCCAUGAUCGCGCACCGCCGCUUCCAUACUCCGACCAUAUGAACGCCCUAACACCCGCAAGAAGCACUACCCAUCUCCACUACCAUCCGCAAUUGCAUCAAGAGACUAUGCCCAAGUCGCCGAUAGACCAAGUGGCCACGGUUGUCUUGGACUUCCCAAUGAACGUGAGUCGUAAUCGUAGUACUCGUAAACAAGCUUCGAUGCUAUACAAAUCGCAGCGCAGGGCAAAGCGCAGGGCACCAAGCGCUAAGGAAGGCAAUUCGUGUAGACACUGACGCUGCCACCAUAUAUAUCAGUACUUCGUACGGGGCUGGGUCUGUUCGUCGCGGACUCACCUGCGGCACAUCAUAAGAUGUGACUGAGCGUUGAACUUUCGUAGUUCUUCUCAGAUGGUGAAGACGCUGGUCUCGCGCACCUUACGCAUCAACAUCUCCUUAGCAAACGUGCAGUGCUUGCCAGUCUGCUCACGCUCUUGUGGAGACAGGACAGUGCAGAGUCCGCCAUGCCACU